AUGUCUAUUGGCUUGGUCAAGAAAAACAAGACAGCUACUUCAUUGCCCAUAAAACUUCUGCCAUCGAAUCUACGACCCAUUGUUUUUAGAACUCUAACGAAAAAGCAUGGUUUAAACGUCAAUUCUGAGGCAUUAGCCAUGCUUACAGAUGUCAUAAGUCAAAAAUUUGGUUUUGAUUGGCGAAGUAUCCAGUCGCAACAGUUUCUCGAGGAGAUUGCCAAAUUCUGGAAAUUAGAGGAUCGUGGGAUAUUUGUUGAUGCUGAGGGACUAAAAUCAGUGAUGAAGGAAAUUAACCUGAAAGAAGAGGCUCUAAGAGUUCAAAAAGCUGGAAGGACAGAUACCAUCGUAGAUGACCAGAUUACAGAAGAUGAAAUACAAAUUCAAUGGCAAGACUAUUUCAAAAUAGUAUCGCCUAACGAGCAACCACGAUGUACUUUUGACAAGACAAGAAAACAGUUUAUUGUCACUUUACGAAAGGAAAAAAUGCCUCUCUUGGCCAGUUUGAGUCUAAAUCAAAGAGCAUGCGUUGAGUCCAAGAACAACCAAUACCAUUUAAUUAUGGACAGAUUAUCUCGGAAUGAAAGUUUCCAAAAAGUGUCAAUGACCAGCAUUUCCAACCUCCAUUCGAUAUCAAACAACAAUGGCGGGAUGUUCUUUAACAAUGAAAUAACAUUGAUCAAAAAUGUACUCGGUAGAGAUGGACAACGGUUUUUGCUUUUUGGGUUAUUAUCCAAAGAUUCUGCUGGUGAAUUCAUCUUGGAAGACUCAACAGACUAUAUCGAAUUGAACCUUGCACAAACCGUCAAAAACCAAAGCUCAUUUUAUUCACCAGGAAUGUUUGUAUUGGUUGAAGGGAUAUAUUCAGCAUCUGGAGGCAACUCAUCGCUGAACCAGGAUUAUAUAGGAGGUUGUUUUUACGUGAGCAAUAUUGCACACCCGCCAGCAGAAAGAAGAGAUAAGAGUUUGGAAGCUUAUGGGCUUGUUGACUUUUUGGGUGUGCAUAGACACAUUGCGUCUGCCAAUGGAGGAGACCGGGCAAUAAAGAUACCUAAACCGUACAAAAAGAAACUUUCACAACUCGAAAAAUCAUUAACAAACCACAAAAUUGUUUUUAUGGGAAGCGAUUUGUAUUUCGAUUCACCCAAAGUGAUAAAUGGAUUAACGAAAUUUUUGCAAAGACUCGAAAACUCAAUAAUUGAAGAGCAGGAUGGCGAUGGCGAGAGAAAGACACCGCUUGCUUUGGUUCUAACUGGUUCGUUUUCAUCUAAACCUUUGACCUCAACUACUUCUUCGGCAACAAGUAUUUCCAACUCAGAGCAUUAUAAGGGACUUUUUGACUCUUUUACCAAUUUGCUUGCCAAUUACCCUAAUGUGGUGCACACUUGUAAAAUUGUUCUUAUUCCUGGCGAUAACGACCCAUGGCAAUCGACGUUUUCUUUGGGUUCAUCUUGCUUGAAUGUGAUCCCGCGGGCCUCAAUUGCCAGAGUCUUUGUCAAUAGAUUGGAGAAAUUAUUACCGAGGGGAAACUUGAUCCUUGCUUGGAACCCAUGUAGGAUCAAUUACCUUUCGCAAGAGAUUGUUGUGUUUAAAGAUCAAUUGAUGAGCAAGUUCAAGAGAAACGAUAUUGUAUUCCCACAGGAUUUGGAAUUGGAAAAAGAUCCAUUAGAAGGAUUAAAUGAUAAAGAACGAAUUGACCAACUAAUACAACGAAAAGACGAACAUGUGAGCAGCAAGAUCAAACAAGCAAGAAAGCUAGUCAAAGUAAUCUUGGAUCAAGGAACAUUGCUGCCAUUUGAAAAAAGUUUAAAGGUAGUCAACUCGCAGUACGAUUAUAGUUUGAGACUUGAACCACUGCCAAAUAUCAUUAUCUUGCACGACACGAGCUUUGACAACUUCGAAGUCACGUACCAGGGUUGUAGAGUGGUGAACAUAGCACGAGCAAUGAACCAGGGGAGCAGAAAAUUGAACUAUGUUGAAUACUAUCCAAGCUCUAAAAAGUUUGAUUUUAAAGACUUGUAUUUCUGA